AAAAAAAAUUUGGGAAUUUGCAGGUCUGAAACAUUUACUCUCUCUCCUCUCUCCUCCAGUUUUAUUUCAAAUUCCUCUCUUCUGUUUCUUUCUCUCUCUAAAAUCUUCCCGAUUCAGUUUCGAGCUCUGAAAUUUGUGACCAGAAAAAUGGGUGUGCCGGAAACCGACCCACUGUCUCAGCUGAGCCUGCCGCCGGGGUUUCGAUUCUAUCCGACGGACGAGGAGCUUCUGGUUCAGUACCUCUGCCGCAAGGUUGCUGGGUACCAAUUCAAUCUGCAAAUAAUUGCUGAAAUCGAUCUCUACAAGUUCGAUCCAUGGGUUUUACCAAGCAAAGCUAUAUUUGGUGAAAAAGAAUGGUACUUUUUCAGUCCGAGGGACCGGAAAUACCCGAAUGGGUCGCGACCCAAUCGGGUUGCCGGCACUGGGUACUGGAAGGCCACUGGAACUGAUAAGGUCAUAACAACUGAAGGUAAAAAAGUUGGUAUUAAAAAAGCCCUUGUUUUCUAUGUGGGCAAAGCCCCCAAAGGCAUCAAGACCAAUUGGAUUAUGCACGAGUAUCGCCUCAUCGAGCCCUCUCGCAAAAAUGGCAGCUCCAGGUUGGAUGAAUGGGUUUUGUGUCGUAUUUACAAGAAGAGCACCAGCUCAGCAGCGGCGGCGGCAGCACAGAAGUCCGUAACGAGCGUUUCGGGCAAAGAGCACAGCAACGGCUCGUCGUCGCCAUGCUCUUCUCAGCUCGACGACGGGCUCGAGUGGUUGCCGGAUAUCGACGACCGGUUCUUCACCCUGCCCCGGAUAAACUCGCUCAAGACGCUGCAGCAGCAGGACAGCAAGCUUAAUUUUCAGAAUACGGGUUCCGGGAAUUUCGACUGGGCGAGUCUCGCGGGGCUCAACUCGGCGCCGGAACUCGGUCUCAAUAAUCAGACUCACCAAGGUCAAGGACAGAUGAAUUUGAAUUACAAUGACAAUGACAUGUUUGUCCCUUCAAUCCCAUCUCUCUGCCACGUGGAAUCCCGGCCGGAGAGGGUUGGGAAGACGGCGGAGGAGGAGGUGCAGAGCGGACUCAGAACCCGGCGGGUGGACAACUCGGGAUUCAUCCAGCAGAACUCUCAAAACUUUUGUAACCCGGUUCGGCCCGGCGGGUUCGGGCUUUGGCAGUGAAAAGUAAAAAGUGAAAGUCAAAAGGGCGGUAGAGAGGGAGUGCAUUUCGGUAGAGAAAUGAAGCAGGAGUGCAUUUCUGUAAAUACCUGGGAUUCUUUGGGCUUACAUGUUGGGUUAGAUAAAAAAAAAAGUAGUCUGGCAAGGGUAGCAUGAUAAGGGUAGAUGGAGCUUUGACGUCUUUUUUGCCGGUUUUCGGCCGCAGAUUCAAUGAACGCAAAAGUUAGAACCUUUGUACAACAAUUAAUCUAAGAAUAUAGAAUGUCAUUUCCAGUUGUCAGAUAAAAACGGGUCAAACAUUCUCAUCUGCCAUUCGUGUGAAAUAAUAUUGAAAAGUCAAAUUCUAAUA